UAUUUUCUUCUAGUCUUUAAGAGGUCCAAGAGGUGGUAUGAUAUUCUUCAAGAAAGAUCCUGUGCAUGGGGUUGAUCUGGAGCCCGCCAUUAACAAUUCUGUUUUUCCCGGUCUACAGGGGGGUCCUCAUAACCACACAAUUGGAGGACUAGCAGUUUGCUUGAAGUAUGCCCAGUCCCCAGAGUUUAAAAAUUACCAGAAUCAGGUGGUUGCUAACUGUAGAGCUCUUGCUCAGCGGUUAAUUGAGCACAAAUAUAAACUUGUUUCUGGUGGUAGCGACAAUCACCUGGUUCUUGUUGAUCUAAGGCCUUCUGGUCUUGAUGGUGCUCGGGUGGAGAAAAUUCUUGAUAUGGCUUCGAUAACCCUCAACAAAAAUUCAGUGCCUGGUGAUAAGAGUGCCCUUGUUCCGGGAGGCAUUCGUAUUGGGGCACCUGCAAUGACAACAAGAGGACUUGGUGAAAAAGAAUUCGCACUAAUUGCAGAUUUAAUUCAUGAGGGAGUGCAAAUAAGUCUUGAAGCCAAAAGUUUGGUCUCAGGAACGAAGCUCCAAGAGUUUUUGAAGUUUGUAUCAUCUUCUGAAUUUCCCUUGGGGGAGAAGGUCUCAGAAUUGCGCAGGAAAGUUGAAGCUCUUACUACUCAGUAUCCGAUACCAGGAAUCUAAGUGAACCUGCUUUGAGCACUUAAAACUGAGACGCUCUUAAAAAAUUUUGUAUAAUAAUCAUGCUUCGAUAUGAUGCUAAGAAUAUGUUGUAUGUUACUAUUUUUGGCAAAAUCCUUUUGCUGCUGCAGCAGCAGCAGCUUUAUGAUUACCCCAUUUAUAAUUCGAGGGAAACAAAUCCUUAAUCCUUCAAAUAUUUCGUUGGUCAUGCAUUUUUGGAAACAAACCAUUAUAAGGA